GGAUAUCGAUAAUUUGAUGGCAGAGGGUAACAAAUCAAGGACAGUUGCUGCGACAAAUAUGAACAGUGAAUCAUCUAGAUCUCAUGCAGUAUUCACUGUUAUACUAACCCAAACUUUAAUAGAUUCAAAAAAUGGGGUUAGUGGAGAAAAAGUCAGCAGAAUGUCGCUUGUCGAUCUAGCGGGUUCUGAGAGGGCUGUGAAAACAGGAGCAGUUGGGGAAAGGCUUAAAGAAGGUUCCAAUAUUAAUAAGUCUCUAACGACAUUAGGUCUAGUCAUAUCGAAAUUAGCAGAUCAAUCAUCAGGUAGCAAAAACAAAGACAAGUUCGUGCCAUACCGAGAUUCUGUAUUAACUUGGUUGCUAAAGGAUAAUCUGGGAGGAAAUAGUAAAACAGUAAUGGUUGCAACAAUAUCACCAGCAGCUGACAAUUUUGAAGAAACUCUGUCCACCCUAAGAUAUGCUGACAGAGCAAAGAGAAUAGUCAAUCACGCAGUUGUUAAUGAAGAUCCUAAUGCCAGAAUCAUUCGAGAAUUGACUCAGGAGGUGGAGGCCCUGAAGGAAAUGCUGAAACAUGCAACGGGUUCGCCUGUAGGUGACAUUCAGAGAGUCGAUAUUCAUCAAAAAUUGAGCGAGAGCGAGAAAUUAUACAAGGAAGUUUCCCAGACGUGGGAGGAGAAACUUAUGAAAACCGAACGAAUACAAAAUGAAAGGCAGCAAGCAUUAGAAAAAAUGGGAAUUAGUAUACAAGAUUCUGGUAUAAAAGUCGAGAAAAAUAAAUAUUACCUAGUUAAUUUGAAUGCAGACCCUUACUUAAAUGAAUUAUUAGUUUAUUAUUUGAAAGAUGUUACUGUAGUUGGUGCUAGUAGUAAUAAUUCUGGCGUGGAACCAGAUAUUCAAUUGUCGGGGUUAGGAAUUCAACCGGAGCACUGCAUAAUUACCAUAGAAGACAAUGGACUGUUUCUUGAACCCCUUGCCAAUGCCAGAUCUUGCGUGAAUGGUUCUCAAGUUAGCCAGAAAACUCCACUUCGUCACGGCGAUAGGAUAGUCUGGGGUAACCAUCACUAUUUCAGAGUAAACUGCCCAAGAUCGAUAUCAGCCACAUCAGAACCUCAUACACCAGCACAAAAUAUUGAUUAUAAUUUUGCACGAGAUGAACUUAUGACAAAUGAGAUGAGCAACGAUCCUAUUCAAACGGCAAUAGCGCGACUCGAAAAACAGCAUGAAGAAGACAAGCAAGUUGCUUUGGAAAAACAACGCAUAGAAUAUGAAAGGCAGUUCCAACAGCUACGUAACAUGGUGUCACCCUCAACCCCCUACUCACAACAUUCAUACGACCCCCUCAGAGUAGGUUUGAGCAAAACUGCACCUUGUACCCCUACAACCCAAUUGAAAGUUGAUGGAUGGGCCCCUGAAAGUGACGAGAUGUUCCGAAGAAGUAUAGUAAAAUUGAAGGAAGAUAUCCUAAGAGCGAACUCCUUGGUAAAAGAAGCUAGUUUCCUCGCAGAAGAAAUGGGGAGGCAGACUAAAUUUAGUGUCACUUUACAAAUUCCCCCAGCAAACUUGAGUCCUAAUAGAAAAAAAGGAGCUUUUGUAAGCGAACCUGCAAUUUUAGUUAAACGUAAUAACUCUAGUCAAGUAUGGUCAAUGGAAAAAUUAGAAAAUAAAAUAAUAGACAUGAGAGAGUUUUACGAAGAUCAGAAAAGUAAGUCUGACCAGGACUCUCCAGGAGAACUACGAGGAUCUGAUCCAUUUUUUGAGUCCCAGGAAAACCACAACCUCAUAGGAGUCGCUAAUAUUUUUUUAGAAAGUCUUUUCCAUGAUGUCACCUUAGAUUACCAUACUCCAAUUAUCAGUCAACAGGGUGAAGUUGCAGGUCGAUUGCAAGUUGAGCUCAGUAGAGUUUCUGGAACUUUUCCUCAAGACCGCGACAAUGAAUCGGCUUCAGAUAAUUCAUCAGAAAUCAGUAAUGAUGAAGAAGAACAAAGCAUCUCCCAAGUUACCAUACGUGUUCACAUAAAGCAAGCUUCAGGUUUGCCUCUGUCCCUCGCAAACUUUGUAUUCUGUCAGUAUCAUUUUUGGGGGCAUCCGGAACCAAUAGUCGUUCCAGACAUUAACCCUCAUUCGAACAAGCAACCCACAACUGUGAAAUUUGACCACUCCCUAGAUUUCACAGUGAAUGUUUCUGAGGAAUUUUUAGAACAUUGUGCUGAAGGUGCACUUUCAAUAGAAGUAUGGGGCAACAGAAGUGCAGGGUUUUCAAAAUAUACCCCAGGGUGGGAAGUAGUUGAACAACAACUUGCAACAGCAAGAUCGUUGCUAGAUCGGUGGUCUGAGUUGACCAGAAAAAUUGAAUUAUGGGUGGAAAUUCAAGAACUCAAUGAACAAGGGGAAUAUGCGGCUGUUGAAGUUGCUAUGAGAACAGACAUGUUAACAGGUGGCAUCUACCAAUUACGGCAAGGCCAACAACGAAGAAUCCAAGUUAGAGUUAAACCAGUUCAAAAUUCAGGAACAUUGCCUAUCAUUUGUCAGCAGAUAAUUAAAAUUGAAGUAGGGGGAGUAAUGGUCAGAAGUAGAUUACAGAAAGCACUAGAUUCAUACCAAGAGGAAGAUUUGACCGUUUUAAGGGAAAAAUGGAAUGAUGCUCUUCAGAAACGAAGGCAAUAUUUGAACCAACAGCUUCAGAAUUUAUUGGAAAAGAGCGAUAAAACUGAACAAGAUAUAGAAAGAGAAAAGAGUUUGAUGGAGCAAUUGGUCAACUUGACUGAAGAAAGCAAUGCAGUUUGUAUACCCCAACCAGGUAGUGGAAUACCAGGUGCUCCGGCAAUGUGGAGUCCGCCCCCUGGAAUGGAACCACAUGUACCUGUACUCUUUUUAAACCUAAAUGCUGAUGACUUAUCCACACAUCCUACCGUUGCUGGCGUCAAUUCCAUUCUUCCCAAAGAGGAUGGACGGCAAUUUUAUAGUCUUCACAUCCUCAAUCAUUUAGACAAAGAUGUAUGUGCUAUAGCAAGUUGGGAUUCGUCCAUUCAUGACAGUCCAAACUUGAAUAAAGUCACAGAAACCAAUGAAAGAGUUUAUAUGAUUUUAAGAGUGACCGUAAGAUUAUCACACCUAGCUCCUAUGGAACUUGUUCUGCGAAAACGCUUAGCUCUAAAUGUAUAUAAACGACAAAGCAUAACAGACAGAAUAAAAAAUCAAAUAAAAUCAAAAAUAGCUCGCAGUGAUCUAGUAACGUCUUGUGGUGUUACAUAUUUAGUUGUUUCAAAUGUUCCUAAAGCUAGUGAGGAAUUAGAAGGUAGAGAGAGUCUGGCACAAUUGGCAGCUUCGGGAGAAAAUUCUUCUUUUUGUGAUGGAGAAACAUAUAUAGAGAAAUAUACAAGGGGUGUUAGCGCAGUGGAAAGUAUUCUAGCCUUAGACAAGUUACGACAAAGUGUUGCUGUUAAAGAAUUACUUCAAGCAAGAGGUCAACCGCUCAUUAUGAGAAAGACAGUCAGUGUUCCCAAUUUUUCACAGCUUAUGAAACUCGAUCUAAGCACAGAAUCUCUUUGCAUGUCAAGAUCGGAAAGCGUAUCAGAGUUGAACACUGAAUCAAACCUAACACCCCUGAGAAAUCGAUCAUCCUUUGGAAAAGAUCCAGAAAUAACUUCGCCAAAAUUCGGAGGACUGGCCCGCCCUACGUUCUUAAACCUCAACAUAAACUUGAAUUCUUUGAGGUUACAACAGCCGACAAGUACAAAACUAUUUUCUGGUAUGCCAUCACCAGCCAAUACAAAACUCGGUUUGAGAAUGACAACAUUGCAUGAAGAACCUACGAAAGCACUACCACGCAAACAUUCCUUUGAUUUAUUGAUGGAUGACACUAUUGAAGAACAAACUGAAGAAGGAACUAAUGGAAAAACAGAAGUUCAUUAUAUACAGAAAAAUAAGAGUCAUGCCAAGAAGUCCCUCCCGAUGUCACGUACGUUGGAUUCAUUAACAGAGUUUGCACCAAAACCUAAUACUCCCUCAUCAAGUUCUAGUGGUUAUGGAUCACAGGCAGUUUCAAUUACAAACCUUUCAAGUGAUGAUUCAAUUUCCUUGAAAAGUUUGAAUGAAACUCCCGAUUUGGAGUGCAAAGCAAACAACGAUUUACAGACGGUGUCAGAAGUAGCUGAUGUAAAUGCAGAAUUGGACAGACUCUCUGUUCAGGAAGACAGAGCUGAAGGGUCUACAAAUAACGAAGAGAGCUCAGAUGAUUUGAUUAAUGGUGUGGAUAGCGAUUCAAAUCAAAAUCAAACUGGAAGUGACCUUACAGAAUCAAGUUCUUUAAUAAAAACCAAUUUAUCUCCUGGAAGAGUUGUACGCAGGAAAAAACAAACCAGAAAUCAACAGGCUCACAGAGCUUCAUUUCCACAGGCUCGUUUACAUAUGUCCGAAAGCAAAUCUGCUCAUAACUUAUUAAGUAAAAAUAGUUUGACAUUAUCUACAGAAGAUGAGAGUUUGUAUAGCUCUACAGAUAGAUUAGAAGAUGACCAGGAAAAUAGUUUUGGUUCUCGUCCUGAUCUUUCAAAAAUUCAUGAUGUUCCCGUCCCUGAUUGGGUGGUAUUAGGUGAAAGUGUGCUAAUCAGGCCCUACAAUUCAUCGGGAGUUGUGGCUUAUAUUGGAGGCACCGAGUUUGCCAGUGGGACAUGGAUUGGAGUAGCAUUGGAUGCUCCAAAAGGAAAAAACGAUGGCAGCAUAAAGGGUAUAAGAUAUUUCGACUGUAAGCCAAAACAUGGUAUGUUUGUGAGGGCUGAUAAACUAAUAUUGGAUAGAAGAGGCCGAGCAAUGAGACUUGAUAAGGCUGAAGCUCUUGCCAAUAGCAAUAAAUGUUCUUUGAGCAAAGAUACAUUGCCAAGAUCUCGAUCACGAGGAAAUGGUUUGAACACAGUAGGGACUCGGCCGAGUUCGAAAGCCAAGUAGAAUGAGAAAAAUAAAGCAUCGACCACCUUUCCAUUAGUCGUCCACCCUAUUUAUUGCCAUUUGCCGUGUUUUACGACACAAAUCUGUGUGCCGUCCAUCUACAUGGCGUAGUGUUAUUCAUCCUUGCCAUUUCAUAUAUAAAUAUUGUCACGAUGUAAUAUUGUUUGGUUGCACUUGAAAAAAAGCGAGCACUAGCUUGGUAUAUA